AUGUAUUUUCCUGUCAGUAGAUUCAAUAUGCCAAUAAAUAUCUUUCAAUUGCCCGUUGAGGUUGUUCAUCAUAUUUUGCUGCAUACACAUCCAUUAGAAAUAGUUCAAAUUUGGCAUUCUAUUCCUGAAUUGAGAUAUUUAAUUACCAGUGACAUAUUGCUUAUAGUUACAAAUAAUAGUUUACCUCAAUCAAAAUACAAUUUACCGAAGAGAUUUUUCUGUACUGAGAAAGCUGUCAAUAAGGAUAAUAUACUUCAUGGUUUCAAUGGUGUUUUGCUGCUCGAAUUGGGUGCUGGAGAAAGCACAUUGGCUCAAGUCGAUUUUGGAAUACUUGCUAAGGGACAUUAUCCAACUCAUCUAAUCCUUAAUCGAUUCGAUAGAUGGCAUGAGACUGCUAGUUUUCUAGAAGAUCACAACUACAAUAACCAUCAUAUUAGAUCCAUAUCUGUUCCUUGUAUUGAAAAUUUUAGACUACCUACUUUUAAAAUGAAUAAAGAUGUUUUUCAAUUCCCUAAUGUGAAAAAAGUUAAAGUAAAUGGCACAAACUCAAAUGAUUUGAAUAUUGAAGCUACAAGAAGUAUGUUUCCUAGAGUGGAGUCACUGGAAUUUUCAGGAAAGAUUGAACUUAUGGAUUUUUUUGUUGAUAUUGAGUUACCGAGAAACUUCACAAUGUCUCACAUUAUGCCCUCGACUGUUGGUCAUACAUUGGAGUAUCACCUACCAUAUUCAAGUAAACUGGAAUAUCUAGAAAUCAAUGGAUGCUUUGAAACCGCAAGAACUCGCAGUUUUUCAAUUUUAGAUUUGUCAUUGCCAAAUAUUAAAAGAAUUCAUAUUUUGGACUCAGUUUUGUCUUCCAUGAAACGCUUAUCCAUGCCUAAGCUCAAAACAUUAUUAGUCGAACGUUCUAUUAUAAAUGAAAUAUCACAUUUAAGAGUUCCUUUACUUCAAAGCUUGAGUUUAAGAAUAGACAAUUGGAAUAAAUUUAUAUUCAUGGAUAUAAUCGCACCAAGACUUAGGGAGUUCGAUUUCGAUAUGCUAAACUCCAAAAUGGACCUCAGAAUAUCCAAAUUUCAUUUCCCUUUAUUACAAGCCGCUACAAUUGGUUUCUCUGAUGAAUAUGAAGGACACCACAACAAUGCACUCAUCAAAACAUUCAAUUUUUUAAACAAUUUGAAUGCUUUAACGCUUGGAAACUGUUUGCACUUGAUUGAUGGUCUAUCUUUUCAGAGCCUCACCACGCUAGUUAUACAAAACGAAAAAUCCAACGGACCUCACAAAAUUUCAAGAUUAACUCAAUUUCCUAGAUUGAAUGAACUGAUCAUUUAUGGACAGGAACUAAAGCAAAAAAACGAGGUUCUUUUACUAAAUUCAUCUCGCCUUCAGACGCUUGUACUUGAAAAUAUACCCAAUUUCAGUGACAUCUCCAUAUUGCCAAUUGAUUUCAUUAGUAUAUUGAACUUAUCACUUAUUAAUAACGCUGCUUUAUCUUCAAUCCAAGGAAUCCGUUAUAGAUUUUUAAAAAAGCUAGAUAUAAAAACACUUUCAAACUCAAAUACUCCUUUUGAUGUAUCAAAAUGUAACUUUGAGAGUCUUGAAUCGUUAUCUAUAGAAAGUGAGGGUGAAGUCAGAUUUGUGGAAGUGAAGGCGCCUAGCUUGGUAGAGCUGGAGAUUUUGAGUAGUUAUAUUGUGAACUCUUUUAGUACUAAAGAUUAUCCCCAGCUGAGAAAGCUCACUAUUGGAAAAUUAAAUGAUCUUCAUAUUGAACCGAGUGACUUGAUUACAGAAAUAGAUCUAUCUGCAAAUAAUUUCAUAAAAGAACUUGUUAUGGAUCAGAACCAGCUUCCAAAUCUGAAGGUUUUCAAAGAUUUCACCAGGUAUAAUGAACCCACGCCAGAUUCCGGCUUUGAUCCAGUUCACUACCUUCCUGACUUUGGACAAUAUUAUGAAGACAUUCCGCCUUUUGAAACGUUACUUUGA